CCCGGCCGCACAGCCCCGAGCCACCCGGGCAACGAGCGCCGCGUCCCCGGCCUGCCCGGCCCGGCCAGGCUCGGCCUCCCCUCCCGGGUCCGCCACCCCGGGCCAUGGAGCCGCGUCCCCCGGGGUCCCGCAGGAUGGACCCUGUGCAGAAGGCUGUACUCUCCCACACCUUUGGGGGACCCUUACUCAAGACCAAGCGGCCCAUCAUUUCCUGUAAUGUCUGUCAGAUCCGCUUCAAUUCUCAGAGCCAGGCUGAGGCACACUACAAGGGUAAUCGCCAUGCCCGAAGAGUCAAAGGCAUCGAGGCUGCCAAGACUCGAGGCAGGGAGCCCAGCGUCCGGGAAACAGGAGAUCCAGCUCCCCCAGGCGGCACGCCCCCUAAUGGAGAGGGUGUAGCCCCCCGUCCAGUGACAGUUUCCAUGGAAAAUGGACUGGGUCCAGCCCCAGGAUCCCCAGAGAAACAGCCUGGCUCCCCAUCCCCUCCCAGUGUUCCGGAGACUGGUCAGGGUGUGACCAAGGGUGAAGGGGGGACUCCAGCCCCAGCUUCCAUGCCUGGGGGAAGCAAGGAAGAGGAGGAGAAGGCCAAGCGGCUGCUCUACUGUGCUCUGUGCAAGGUGGCAGUGAACUCCCUGUCCCAGCUUGAGGCACAUAACAAAGGUACUAAGCACAAGACAAUUCUGGAGGCCCGAAGUGGACUGGGCCCCAUCAAAGCUUACCCUCGGCUGGGGCCUCCCACUCCCGGGGAACCAGAGGCCCCUGCCCAGGACCGAACCUUCCACUGUGAGAUCUGCAAUGUCAAGGUCAACUCGGAGGUCCAACUGAAACAGCACAUUUCCAGCCGGCGGCACCGAGAUGGCGUGGCCGGGAAGCCCAACCCCCUUCUGAGCCGUCACAAGAAGCCCAGGGGCGCCGGGGAGCUGGCGGGCACUCUGACUUUCUCCAAGGAGCUGCCCAAGUCCUUGGCCGGAGGCCUGCUCCCCAGCCCCCUCGCGGUGGCUGCGGUGAUGGCAGCGGCAGCAGGCUCCCCGCUGUCUCUGCGCCCGGCCCCCGCCGCACCUCUUCUCCAGGGACCGCCGAUCACCCACCCCCUGCUCCACCCGGCCCCCGGGCCCAUCCGAACUGCGCACGGACCCAUCCUCUUCUCCCCCUACUGACCUGAACCCUGAACCCCCUCCCAUUCAACGCCCCCCACCUCCAGCCGGGACCCAGGCCUCCGGGCUCCCAGUCCGUCCCUCCUCCCGGCACUCCCUGAAUGAUCUCUCUCCUUCCCCCCCACCCCGAGGUACGGGGUUCCAGGAAAGGGGAGGGGUAGCGGGGGAGGGGGGCUUCAGAAGGGGGGGAACACCCCAGAUCUCAGGGAACCCCGCCCCCUGCCCUUCCCUCUCCCCUAGAAAAGGGGGGGCUGUCUCACCCCCGAGCCCCCUUGGAGACACCCCCCUCCCAAAAGCCAUGUACAUCCACCCCUUCCCCCCAAACCUAGCACAAAACGGGGUUCACAAGCCAUGAUCGGGGUCCAGGGGGCAGAAAUGGAUUUUCUUGGCAAUAAGCAGACUCUGGGACUCCGGCCCCCUACCCCCAAACUGAAGCGCUUCCGUGAACACCCCCGUCCUCCGCAGGGGGAGGGGAGCAGGCGGGAUCCUGGGUCCCUCAUAAGCACUUUGGCUUUACCGCCUGCGACCUCACUGUGCCCGCCCCGCAUCACGCCCCAGCCCAGGUCUAGCCGGGCCCAUGGGCAGCACUUGGUGGCAUCUCUGGCACUUGGGUGGGACCAAGUAGAUGCCCCUAUAGACCCUUCCCUCACCUUCUUCCUUCCCAGUCUGGAUUCCAUUCUUUUCACCAGCACCCAUCGCCCAAGGGGUACCAAGGGGGGCAAGGGGUGUCCAGUCCAAGCCCACCCCCGCCUCGCCUUCCGCAAAACUGUGAGCAAAAAGCAAUAGAAGCCUCGCCCCCGCCCCGCCCCUUUCCGCAGGAUUUGCAGAGUCUGUAGCCUACCCCAUCCCAGCUCCUAGACCUCAUGGCUGUCCCCUCCCACCAGACACCUCUCCACUGCACAACUUGGGCGGGGUCGUGACCUCCCCCCACCCUUGUGGUUUCCGUAUCGUCAGUCCUUCCAGCACAGACCCGGGAGGGGGACAGGCCCCCACUGGCCUUCCCCUCCCCAUCAACUCUUUCUGCUUGACGAUGUAGCAACCCCGGCCCCCAACCCACGUCUUUCCCUUUUCCCCCUCCCUGACAAUAAAAUCUGGAUUCGUUGCCCUCCGUC